CAAACAACAUGGGUUGGGAAGGGGGAGGGGGCAGAGAUAGAGGGAGCGAGAGAGAGAGAGAGGUCCAGCAUCAUCAUCACCAUCCUCAUCCUCAACCUCGGUGUCGUUUGAGAGAGGAUCGUCGCCUAGCAGCAAGUGGCUUGUUUACAGGCCCACAGCUUCACUUAUCAUGACUAAGGAGGAGAACCUGGAGAUGCAGGAGAAGGAGAGGCACGACCGGGAGGAGCAGGAGGACGGGAGGGUCCAGAGGGAGGAGGAUGAGGAGCUGACGGAGGAAGAGGAGGAUGAGGAUGAAGAGGACGAGGAAUAUGAGAUAGACGAGGGGAGGGAGAGUGAGGAGAGAACGGAGGAGGAGCAGGCGGAGGAAGGUGAAGAGCGCGAGGAGGAGGAGCAGAAGCCAGUGGAUAGUCAAUGUGAUCCUCCUCUGGAGACCGAGCCUCUGUCGGUGUCUGCGCUCCACAGUCCCGUCCAGGAGCCCCGACGUCGAGCUAUGGUGCACCCCUCGGCCCAGGCACCCCUUCCCAAAGACUAUGCCUUCACCUUCUUCGACCCCAAUGACCCCGCCUGUUUGGAGAUCCUCAUGGACCCUCGCACCACCAUCCCCGAGCUCUUUGCCAUCGUGCGUCAGUGGGUUCCCCAGGUGCAGCACAAGAUCGACGUAAUCGGAAACGAGAUCCUGAAACGCGGCUGCCAUGUGAACGACCGUGACGGUCUGACGGACAUGACGCUGCUUCACUACAGCUGCAAGGCCGGUGCACACGGCGUUGGCGACCCGGCAGCGGCACUGCGUCUCACCAGCCAGUUGAUGUCUCUCGGUGCCGAUGUGAGUUUGAGGAGCCGCUGGACAAACAUGAACGCUCUGCACUACGCCGCCUACUUUGACGUCCCAGAACUGGUUCGAGUUCUGCUCAAAGCUGCCAAACCCAGAGUCUUGAACUCCACGUGUAGUGACUUCCACUACGGAACGGCGCUGCACAUUGCCGCGUCCAACCUGUGCCUGGGCGCAGUCAAAUGUCUGCUGGAGCACGGCGCCAACCCCACCGUCCGGAACGAGAAGGGCCAGGUCCCAGCAGAAGUGGUCCCCGACCCGAUGGAUAUGAGUCUGGACAAGGCGGAGGCCGCCAUGGUGGCUAAAGAGCUGAAGCAGCUGUUGCUGGACGCCGUCCCCCUGAGCUGUAACCUUCCCAGGGCCACGCUGCCUAACUACGACAACAUUCCCGGGAAUCUAAUGCUGUCCUCGCUGGGGAUGAAGCUGGGGGACCGCGUGCUUCUGGACGACAUGAAGAACGGGACUUUGAGGUUCUGCGGUACCACAGAGUUUGCAAGUGGUCAGUGGGUCGGCGUAGAGCUGGACGAGCCAGAGGGAAAGAACGACGGCAGCGUUGGUGGAGUUCGCUACUUCAUCUGCCCACCUAAACUAGGGAUUUUUGCUCCGGUGUCAAAGAUCUCCAAGGCUGUGGACCAGACAGCUUCCUCCGUCACAUCCACCCCCAGGACUCCACGCAUGGACCUGGCAUCACGUCUCGCAGGGAAGACCAAGAAGGAUAAGGAAAAGAAGGAGAAAGCCUUGAAGAAAAAAUCAUCAGUGGUCAGUCUGGAUCCUGAAGGACUGAACAUCGAGGUGGGAGAUCAGGUCCUGGUGGCCGGACAGAAGCACGGCAUUGUUCGCUUCUUUGGAAAAACAGACUUUGCUCCAGGUUUCUGGUUUGGUGUCGAGCUGGACCAGCCCACAGGCAAACACGACGGCUCUGUGUUUGGAGUGCGCUACUUCAGCUGCCUGCCCAAAUAUGGAGUGUUUGCGCCACCAUCACGGGUCCAGAGGAUUGGAGGACCUAAAGACGCCUCACAGAAUGACAACUCCAUGGUGAAGAAAGUUCACCAAGUCACCAUGUCGCAGCCCAAGCGUAACUUCAACACUGUACGUUCUCCGAAAGAUCUGACCUCCGAAAGCUCCAUAUCCAGGUUGCUCUUCUGCUGCUGGUUUCCGUGGAUGCUGCGAGCUGAGAUGCAGUCCUAACCACACCGCUGUCCUCCUGCUAGCGAACAAUCGUUGUUGUCCGUCCAACCCGGUGAAAGCUUCCACUUUCUUGCUCUCAGUCCACUUUCUUCUUUAAAUCUUUAGUGCCUUGUUGAAAUCUUGAUCCAAUGUUCCUGCUAAAGAACCCCACUCACCUGAGGUAUUUUCUUCAUUAGCAUCUCACCUCCCGGCUUACCUUGUUCUUUGUUUACUAGGCUAACAACAUAGCUUGUGAUUUUAGCGCUCCGCGUGGUUUGCCUCGAAUUUUAGAGAGGAACAUUGUUGGUUUGUGUAUCAAAACAAUUCUAAUAUGUGCUGCUGACAGUGACUAUAAUUAGCCUUCAGUGUUCAUCUUGUCUGCUUCUUUCGCAACAUGAAAACAGAAGAUCUCCCAACCAGUCCCGGAAACUUUGUGACUUUGUAUUCUCUGCUCAAACUCUAGAGGCACUGUUUUUUGGGUAAAGUCAAAGGCCGCAACUCUCGCUAAUUGUAUAUUGUUAGCUUCCUUCGUCGCGAGCAAACAAAUUAGAAUUAAAGAGAAAACCGAUCCAUGAUGACAUCAGUUAGCAACUUCUAGCAUCUUUUAGGACCGCCAGUAGCUACUUUACAGUAUGACAUUGGCAACACUGCUCCCGACACGGUCCGGAGAAGACCUAGUUAGCAUGUUAGCUAGCCACCAGAGUAGGGUAUGACAUCUUUAGAUUUCCCUCAAACAGAAUAAAUAAGCUUUUUUUGCUGCUUCCUGUCUGAAGACAUCUUAAGAAGCAUAGAUGUGCCACAUCAAGCUAGGAAGUGAACGACGGAGGCGGCAAUGAAGCAAACAAGAGCCAGUUAGAUGUCGUCACAACUAAACUUUAUUUAACAAACAAAGGCCAUGUAGUUAAUCAUCCCAAACAAUGAAAAUAAUAAGUCUUAAAAGUCUGCCUUUAAUGAAAGCGUAUUAUGACUGCGCAUUACAAACAGCUUUACACUUUCAAUAUUUGAUGGUGAUAAUCAGCCCAGCAGUCACUGAAUGACUUGAAAGAGGGCCUACAAGGAUUCCAACGUUUGCGAGGCCUUCAGAUGAAGCCUUCAUUUUCCCUUUAGCGUCAUUAACAUUCGUUUCUUCAUUAGCUUCAUGUUGCCAUAGUGCAAGCCGCCUUGUCAUGAUUUCGCUCAUUGAAGCUCCUCUGAGCCGCUGACCGCUUGGAGGUCAUGUACUGCUUUUGGCCACUAGAUGUCACUAGUUCGUAGUUCUAGAUUUAUAGGUCUAUCAUAAUACUGUAUAUGAGAUUAGCUUGUACUUAACUUGUAGCUCUUGUCAAUUUAUUUUAAAGGACCACACCGAUUGACUCUGGUCGGCACACAAAAUUUUAUUUUACAUGUACUACUGUACUUAUCAGUGUAUUUACUAGUAAACAAAGCAAGCAGACAUGAAAAAAGUCAGCAAUCAUCUUCUUCUUCGUGUUUGUGUUGUCAAUAUGUAUUGACAAAGUGGGUUUACGGACAUAUACUUUAUGUAUAUAUUGUAUGUAUAUAUAUAUAUAUAUAUAUAUAUACACAUAGUAUAUACACACAGUAUAUAUAUAUAUACACUUUUUUGGUCCUUCCCACUAACUACCUGUUUAUUGUAUGUACUGUAUAGCCUUAUUGUUUCAAUAACCUCACCAAGUGUACUUUUAGUUCUUUUGUGGGUUUUUUUGGUGUUUGGUUCCAGUCCAAACCAAAGUGUGUGUUUGUGUGUGUGUGUGUGUGUGUGUGAGAGAGAGAGCAAUGUUAAGGAGGAGACAGAGCGUAGUGAUGCCAACAUAAAGUCACUGCAUGCUGUGUACUUUGUUCACUUGUCUUUAAGCAUGGAAACGCAUCCAAUAACAACUACUGUGCCGACUCAGUCAAUAUUCUACUAAAUAAAGUGAUUUGAUGUUGCUUUUCUA